AUGGCUUCAGUCCCCGUUCUAAGUGCAAGCAAGACUGACGAGUAUCAAUUCAACUGUAAAACACUCUCCAGAGAAGUCCGUCUAUACCGGACCAUGCAUCCUUCUGCAAGGCCCAAUCACCUCGUUGCGGACUCACUCUUCACUUCGAACAAACUCCUGACUGAUCCAUAUUUCUUCAUUCCCACAAGCCAGGACCAACAUCGAGUCAUAGCUACCUGCUAUAUGGUGUUUCACCUCUGUGGCCAUGUUGGCUACGUGCACGGUGGCGUAUUUGCAAGAUGUGCCUCUCUCGUCUUUGAAAGUGGCAUAGGAAUGACAGCAAGUAUGAAUGAUCACUUUCAGAUCCCAUCGAUCCCAGACCGGGCUGAUGUAUAUCACGCCGAGAUUACUAGAACCGAGGGCCGAAAGGCGGGAGUUACCGGUCAAAUAAGAUGCGUGAAGGAGCUUACGGCAAUUUAG